AUGCCGUAUGGACAAAGGAAGUCGGCACUAAGAACAGGGAGCCCAGACAAGAGGCGAAAAAACCCUCAGCUUUCCCGGAGAGGACAUUUUACAACUGAACAUACCAUGAAAAGAGAGGUGAAGGCCGGAGUCAACUUCCUCAAACGUCUGGCUGUGGCACGGGGGAAGCUGGAUGAAGCCAAAGCAGAGCUGUUUGCAGAGAAGCUGCAGAAACUUCUGUGUGACAAAUACAAUGAGCACUGGUACCCCGAUUGCCCCAGCAAAGGCCAAGCUUACAGAUGUAUUCGGAUAAGUAAAGGAGUGCCAUGUGAUGAAGUGGUCGUCAAAGCCUGCGAGGAGUGCGAGCUGAUGCCCAGCAAACUGGGUCUUCCGGCUGAGAUCACCGUGUGGAUUGACCCACUGGAAGUGUGCGCGAGAUCUGGGGAGAACAGCAGGCCCUUCACAAUAGCCAGUUUCAAUGAGGCAGACAAAGAGGAAGAGGAGGAAGAUGAGGAAGGUGUGAAGGGAGAGAAGGGGAACUCCUCUGUGAAUCUGGACACAUCAGAUUACCACUCUGCUACCUCUUCGGAUUGCGGCUCCACUGCGUCGAGCGACACGGAGGAGGAGGCCAAAGACGGUGCCUUGGAGAAAGAGCCAGUGAAAUAUGACGUGGCUGGGAUGAAGGAGGCAGCAGAAGGCGACACCUACACAAUAACGAUGGUGCCCAGGCUCAGGAAAUGGCAGGGAGAAGGGCUUAAUAAAGGCAAAUACAUCAAAAAGAAGAUCCCUGCUUGCCUCCAGUACAUCUACCACCCAACACCAGUGUGGUCUCAGAAGGGCCCCCCGGUGUUCCUGACAACGGUGUGUGCGCCUCCGGCUCCACCCCCGCCCCCACAGCAGGUUUAUGGCUACUACAUCUUGCCACAGCCAUCCCCGCAGUUCAUCGUGCCCCAGGCCUCGCUGCAGCCGUGGGGGGCUGUGAAGGGUUAGAGCAUGCCCAGCCUGUGGGGUGAAGGGCACAUUGAGCAUUGGAGACUCCCUCAACUGAGCCAUUUCGACUACUCUCCAAGUUCGGGCCCAAAAGAGAAUUUUUCUCAUUUUUUUAGAUGUUUUUUUUUGUCACACGUAAAGUUCAGCAUUAUUCCAUGCGCAAUCUUUGAUCAUUUCUCAGCUGACUCGCAAUUAAUGGCUUCCACUCAGCACAGAAAUACCACUGAACUGGAGUGAAUACUCUCAAUCUGCUGCAUCCACACUGCUAAGCUACAGACACACUGUCCUCAUCAGGGAUGGCUCUGGUCACUGGGCUUAUGAACUAACUCAGGAACGCAAUGUCUUUAAUGCCAAAUAACUGUUUCUCUGGCGCCUCCUGUUUUGAUGAUCUUUGCCAGUAAUUUCACCAAAUAUGGUUCUCAGUGCACAAAUCCCAGUUAAUCUUUGUACAAUGAAAUUCAGGGUAUCUGUAUAUUAAGAGUGACAUUUUUACUAAAACUUUGUAAAUACUGAAUAACAUAGCCAUCACAAAAUGAUGUACACUUUCAGGUUUUAAUGUGUUUCUUGUAAUUUAUUUGGCCACCAGUGGAUGGUGCCCAAGUUACAUCUAACAAUAUGAAAAUGAACUUUUUUUUUUGUAUUUGGAUGCAUUAUUGCUUUUUGCUGAAGGCUGUUUUUAAACUAUUUCAUGUAAAUAUCUUUCCGCAUAAGAAUCUGCCAUGGCUUUAUAAAUGGAGUACAAAUGCACACUUCACUCACGCAAUCCUGUUUUUUAAAUUUUUUAGAUGGAUAUUUAUGUAGUGUGACUUGUAAGCGUUUACGUCCGCUGUUGUUUGUAUCUCCAAGUGACAUUUGUGUUUUUUUAAUUUGUUUGUACUUCAUAUUAAACCAAUUUUACUUAAA